GCUCACGAAUCACUGUGCAGGAGGGGGAGGACUGAUCCCGACGUCCCCUCCCCUUCCCUCCUCUGAUUCCGCUCUACCUCCUCCUCUUUCUAAAACCUUCCCGAUCUUUCAUGCCUGUGUUUUCAUCACGUUGGAAAACAAGACUCUCUUGUUUGUCUGUGCCUGUGUGUCUUUUCUCCGUGAGCAGCUGAGCGGAAGGGAAAAGACGACAAUUUUCAGCACCUCGGACAGAGCACGCAGGAAACAACAUGGCUCCAAUUACAGCCAGCAGAGAAGAAUUUGAUGAAAUUCCAACUGUGGUUGGAAUCUUCAGUGCCUUUGGGCUGGUCUUCACUGUCUCCCUCUUUGCUUGGAUCUGCUGCCAGCGCAAAUCUUCCAAAUCAAAUAAGACCCCUCCUUACAAAUUUGUCCAUGUGCUGAAGGGUGUUGAUAUUUAUCCUGAGAACCUCAACAGCAAGAAGUUUGGUGCGGAGGACAAAGGGGAAGCCAAGAACAAGCCUGUCAUGCCAAAGAGUUCUCUCCACCUCGACCUGGAGAAGCGCGAUCUGAAUGGCAACUUCCCCAAAACAACUCCUAAAAUAACAUGUUCUUCAGAUGUUGAGAACUUUACUCCAAAGCUUUUUCCGGAGAGGGAGAAAGAUUCUGUGUCCCCUGAUAGCUUGAAGUCUCUGACAUCCAUAUCUUCUGAAGAGAAGCAAGAUAAAUUAGGGACUCUCUUCUUCUCCAUUGAGUACAACUUUGAGAAGAAGGCUUUCAUGGUGAACAUCAAGGAAGCUCGUGGCUUGCCAGCCAUGGAUGAACAGUCAAUGACUUCUGAUCCAUACAUCAAAAUGACAAUACUUCCUGAGAAGAAACAUAAGGUGAAAACUCGAGUGAUGAGGAAAACUUUAGACCCAGCUUUUGAUGAAACCUUCACCUUUUAUGGGAUCCCUUAUACUCAAGUUCAAGAUCUGAGCCUUCACUUUAUGAUCCUGAGUUUUGACCGGUUUUCCCGGGAUGACAUCAUUGGAGAAGUCAUCUUCCCUCUGUCAGGGGUUGAGUUGUCUGAAGGAAGGAUGCAGAUGAACAUGGAGAUCAUCAAAAAGAAUGUUAGGUCUUCUGGGCGUGGAGAGUUGCUGAUUUCUCUUUGUUACCAAUCCACAACGAACACUCUCACUGUGGUUGUCUUAAAGGCCAGACACCUACCCAAAGCUGACGCUUCAGGAUUAUCAGAUCCCUAUGUCAAAGUGAACCUAUACCAUGCCAAGAAAAGGAUCUCCAAAAAGAAAACCCAUGUCAAGAAGUGUACCCCCAAUGCAGUGUUCAACGAACUCUUUGUCUUCGAUAUUCCCUGUGAGGGCCUUGAAGAGAUCAGCAUUGAAUUCUUGGUUUUGGAUUCAGAUCGGGGAUCCCGGAAUGAAAUAAUUGGCCGGUUAACCUUGGGGGCAUCCGCAGAAGGAACAGCUGGAGAACACUGGAAGGAAAUUUGCGAAUAUCCUAGGAGACAAAUCGCCAAAUGGCACAUGUUGUGUGAUGGCUAACAAAGUCACAAGAAGUUGGGACUCUUAAACACAAAUUCCAUAGGCAAGGAUCAAUUUUCUUUCUUUGCAUUGUAUAAUCACAGGCCAAUGCCAUUUAAAAAAAAGCCUUUCUUUGUUAUUGUUGAGACUGAAUGGAAUGAUCAGAACAAAAGGUAACUAGAUUUUCUCAUUCAGUUGACACUAUUUUCCCCCAAACUCUAAAGAACUCGACAUAAUUUCAUCAGUGAUUCAUAAUCUACUGGAAUUUGUACAGCUAUAGAGACACAAAGUGCUGUAAACAUAAUUAAGAAGGGUUUCUUUUUCCUCAUUACUGAAGUACCAGGAAUCCUAGAUUGUUGUUGUCACACAGAUGCUAAUAAUCUCAUUAAUAUAUGUUGAUAGGUUUAGAAACACUUGUGUUUUGUAAAGUUUAAAAUCAUAAAGCUGUGCAGAUAGGUUGUGUGGGUUGCUUCAUAACAUAUCACAAGCCUUUCUUUUUUGAAAGUCCAGCCACUUUUCAUGAAGUUAGGUUUUUAUACUUUGAGCAAUCCAAAGAUUCAAGACAUUCGUGACAACUUACAUCAUGUGUUCAUAGUCCAGUUUGUUCUUUAAUAUGGGCUAUAUUUUAAAUUAUGAAAAAUGAUUCCAUCCAGUAUGACAGAGAUGCAUUCAAAAGUAUGUAAGUAUCACCCAAACAAUGCAUUUUGUUUAAUAGCUGUCUAGUUAAUGACGUAGGUGAGUAUAAAUUGUAUUGAAUGGUGAGGAUCUGUGCUUUAAAAACCUAUGGUUGUUCUUAUUGACUGCAAAAGGCAAACGUUUCUAACCCAGGCGAAACCAAGUAAAUACAGUGAACUGGUUUGCACAAUUAAAACCUUAUGCCAUGGUGACUUGGGGUGAUCAAGGCACAUGCCAGGUUUAACUUGCAUAAUCACUGCUCAGCCAGAGAUGGUCCCAUAAACCAAACUCAGAAAUCUUGAUAAUCCAUGAGCUACAUUGUCUUAUUCCAGAACUGUUUAGCUUUCUGGAUAUUGGGAUUCAGACAGGUGGCUGAGUAGAGAAUAUGGAAAUCGCAUUUCAUAUGCACUGGCAUCUUUCAUGAAUCGCAACAAGCCAAUGUGGAUUAUGUGAGUCACAAUGGUCACUUGGGGAAGCAAAAGAAGCUACAGUGGCUAAUCUGUCUUGUCCUGUCGACGGUGCACUGUAUUACUGCCUUCCCACACUGGGUACAUCCCGACUUGGCCCAUGGGGUGUUGGGGAUGGCUUCCAGCCACCUUGUGCCCCAGGGACUGUUACAGGCUGGUUACCCCCACCCCUCAGUUUUGGAUAGCGCAGCAACAGUGUAUAUGGAAAUGAGGCCAUACGUGACUGGCACGCACAAGGUGGAAAAAGAAGCCACUGUGGGUCCUUUUUUCCAAUUGAAACAAAACUUGUGACUCAUUUUCGUUGUGCAACCCACCCCAUUCUAAUGGAUUCUAGAAAAACAGCCUUUCUGCUCAUAUUUUGGAACAGCUGUGGACGAACAGAAACUUCUUUCUUAUAUGUUUCUAUUUGCUUUCUUACGCAAACCACAUUUUUUAAAAAGUAAAAUAAAUAAAAAAAAAUAAAAAUGGGAUAUACGUAUGUACUAAGCACUGAUGCUGCAAAAGCCUCCCCUUGAACCUGGGGCAAAUUGAUCCGUGGGUUUUUGCAGAAUCAAGCUCCCAACUAACUUUAUACCUCCUGCUGACUCACAUGUGAAUGAGCUGCAUUACUGUAGCAACCCAGCCCCCAUUGCGUGUGCCAUUGAAUGAUUGUGUUGAAAAUUGAAGGGAUGGCGGGCAGAAAACACGAGGAGCAUAAUACUGCGGUGUGUAACAUGCAUGUAUCAUAUAAUCAGAAUUUUUGUUUUUGCCAGAUAUGGGAAACAAAGUGUAACUUAAGGGUAGGCCUACACACCAUGUGACCCACCAAACCAAGCGCAGGUAUGUACGAAGUUCUGUCUCCCACUGGUUUUGCAUUCCUAGGCAGAGUAUACAUGUAGAAGGUUGGCCAAGACCUUCGUUUUACGUGGAUGAUGGGUUGCACUGAGUGUGGUGGGUUUCAAAUUGUGCAGACCUGCACAAAGCAAGCAAAUGCACAACAAUUCCCUUGCUGGAGAUCUGGGAAACUUACUCAUAUGUUUACACUAGAAUAAAUGUUCAGCUGUCCAAUUAGCACAAUUGCAGCAGAAGUGUUUCUUAUCCUACCUGCUUUGGGGGGAUAUUUGAAAUACUGGGAUAAUGCUUCAUUCCAGCACAACCUGGGAUACCCUCCAGAAUCCCGUUUGCCUCUGCAUGAGUGCUAUUAGGAUGCCCCAUGGAGAAAUGUACGUGAAGAACACAAUGACACACUGAGCUGUCUUUAUGAAUUUCCCUUGGUUGCUCCGGCAAGCAGGAGUCAGCCAGAGUCUUGUAUCCUGAUUAUGCAACCCUUCUUGCCAGUGGUGUAUGGAUAGCCAAGUCCAGGGUUACGUUAUCCAGACAUUUGUCUCCAUGGAAAUCAUUCUCAAUAGACUCCAGUGGAGGCCAAGUUCAUGUGGAAAGUUUAGGACCUGAGUUUCAUGUUGUGGAAGGGUCGCGGAAUCAUCCUAUUGCUGUGAAUAUGUUUGGAAAGAGGUUGCGAAGACUGUGAUAGGGUAUGUAAAGGACAAGCUGCUUUAGGGUGACUUUCUUGUAUCUCUGUAACCUGCUAAAGCAAUGUAUUUCUGGAGCAGUGCCAGAGACCUGUUGGAGACGUGAGCAUCUUGACCCACACUGCCGAUUAACACUGAAGUAUCAGAGUUUUGAGCCAAUCUUGGUCCCAACCUCAUGUCUUGAUUCACCGAUACGUGGUUACCUAUGUCAUGGCAAACUGAGACUUGUGUUCUGGGGCUACACUAACCUUUACAUGCGAUCUCUGUCCCUGGCUUGUUACUUCAUCAUUGCUAGUCGAUAUCCUGGUGCAAAUGCUGGGGAAAGACUACCAUUCCCAUUGACGGCAUUGGGACUAGAAUGGCUGAAAUCCAAGUACUUUGGCAUAACAGAAUGGUGGGACAGAGUCAGUGUAUCCAAAGCAUAAGUAAUGAGAAAAGAUUAGACCUGUUACCAACAGAAUUUGGGUUCUAGCACACACUGCUGGAGGCUUGUGUAGUAUUGUCACCAGAGCCAGAAUUUGGCCAGAACAGGAUGAGCAAAGACUGGAAUGUGAAAUAUGCAACAAGUAUAACUGAAGGAAUUCCAUUUGGAGUCUUUCAGGGUUUUGUGUUGGUAAUUUAUCCAGGUUUUUGAAUGAUGUGUUUGAUAUAACAGUGUUUAUAUAAACUCUAAGGCAUUUUCACAACAUGCUUUUUAUUAAAAUACUCUAUGUAAAAAUAAUAAUAAUGCAACUUGUGUAUAUAAAGGAUUCAAAUCUAUUUUGUUUUGUUUAGACAAUUUGUAGGCCAGCAUCUGUCCAGGCUUGAAAUCCUCAGACUGCUUACUCCAGGGUAGACCCAUUAAAAUUAAUAUGUAUCAGUCCUGAAGUUACCACAAAGGCCAAUGAAGUCAACAGGGACACUCCAGUGGGCUUUAGAAUGGUCUUUAGAAGAAAAAUGUAUAUUGAUCCCCAGUUGUCUGUUGAGUGGAAUAGCGAAAAUGAUGACGUCACAUCCAGAUGGUGAGUGAAAUGACUAAGAGUUUCAGAAAGAAAUCUCAUCCUUAUGAAGCUGAUUGGUGGGAGGCUCAGGUCAGAUAGAAGAAGUUCUUCUCUAGAGAGAGGAAAGUUCAACUGUGGAAUGUGCUGCCAUGGGAAGUGGUGAUGGCCACCAAUCUGGAUGGUGGCCAUCUGGGUGGCUUUAAAAAGAGACUGGACAGAUUCAUGAGGGAGGAAGCUAUCCAUGGCUACCAGCCAUGCUGGCCAUGUGCUCCCUCCUUUAACAGAGGCAGUGUGUCUGCCUACCCAAUUGCCGAGGAGCCUGGGCAGGAGGGGUCAUGCGCCCGUCCUGCUGGAGAGGUCCUGUGGGCAGCUGAUUUGCCAACGUGUGUAUGGAGUGCUGGACUGGAUGGACCUCAGGUCUGAUCCAGCAUGGCUGUUCUUAUGCUCUUAUCCUAAAUUUAAUCAAAAGAUCAGAAUGUGACCUUCAAGGCCACAGGCUUGAAAAAAUCUGUAUGAGCUUAAAUUUUCACCAGGACUGAUUGAAGGUCCUAUUUGAGCAGAAGGAGCAAUAUUUGUCUAACCCAGUGGUUUUCAAACUGGAUCCUAGGUUCCUUGCAAGUUUCCACCAUAAUAAGAAAGGAAUAAGAAUGUGGGCAAGCUUCCCUGAAUAAGGUAUAUCAUCAGUACGAUGUCUUGGGAUGAGAGUGGGGGAUUGAAAGUCCUCGUAUAGCGAUGGCCAGGGACCUGACACAUCUGGCCAGAAAUCCUUUGUUAAUUGAGGCCAUGAUUCAGAACAUGAUGUUUCUGAGCGCACGAUUCCCCCCAGAAUCCUCUGUGACAUUCAGGAGUUUAUGUAGAAAGGGCUCCCUGGAGGGAGAGUGUUUGAAAUCUCUGGUAUAACCCCUAGCUAGCACAACAGUUCUAGUUAUAUUGUCUGAUGAUAGGCGUUCGUGACUAUCCCCUAGUGGGUCCAAAGCUCUCCCUUCAAAUAUAUGCCUUGCUUUCUUUGAUUUCAAUAAAACCGAGUGUUGUGACAAUCUGUCAUUUUGCCACCCAGUGGGCACUAUCUAAAAGACUGCUCUUGGUAGCCUGCAGGAUAAUUUUCCUACUGGUCAAAUGACAGCUAUAGGGGUCAGGAGAACAAUUCUUUUCCACUGGGCACAUUGUAAAUAAGGGUCCUUUUUUAGAUCUUAAGAAAUGUUUGUCUUGCCAAGUCCAGUUCUUAACCCAUCCAGGAACCAGAUGCGAUUGAAAUACAUGUGUUCAUGCCUUUCAGAGAUGGAGAAAAAUAUCGAUUGCUGUUUUAUAAAGUAUUUGGUUCUUAAUGUGAAUAUCUUAAAAUCUGUUAAGGAUAAUGUCCUGUAUUAAACAUGUAACAUAAUGUUUGUCUAAGUAGAUAACAGCAACAAGAAAAUGAUUACCCUGAACGGGAGUUUAUUCAUGUUUGAAGAUCUGUUGUAACUCAAUAACCAAUUUGUUAAUGAUGUUGUACAUUCAAUAGAAGUAAUUUGGGAGGAAGCAUGUGUCGGAGGAUUUGUAUGUCUUUUGUGCCGGCUCUGUAUGUUGUGCCAUGUAUGUAAGACAAGAAUAAACGGCUACUUUCAUUCAUUCCA